CUAAUCAACAUAACGAAUCUGAAACUAUUGAAAUAAAAGAAGGAUAUGUUAAUCGUUUUGAGGAAAAUAUGAGAACCAUAGCUGAAAAUGACUCAGAAGCUAAUAGCUUUGGUGAAGAUGGGUUUGACGAUUUAGAAUAA